GCGCUGCCCGCGCUAUUUUAAGCAUCGCAGCGGCGAGGCGAGCACAGCUGGCUGCUGUGGAGGCUCCUGGCUGCCCCCUCCAGCAUCCUUCCUCUGCCAAGGCCGGGAGCUGUGUCCUGGAAGUCAGGCCUUCUCUGGUUGGUGAAAUUAAACAGCGCACUUCAGUGAUGCAAGAGGACCAACAACCUGAGGCUGCUGCAGAAUCAAGGCCCUCCUCCUCCAGCAUACCAGAAGAUGGUCCGAAGGAGGCUUCAGGGCUAUCGCAGAAUAUUUCAGAUGCAGAUGCUUUUAAAAUUCUCUUGGAGGUGAAGAUGAAGAAACGACAAAAGAAGCCCAAUCUACCCUGCACUGUGACUGAACUUGUCACUGAGGAAGGUUCUAAAGUAUAUGUUGUUGGUACUGCCCACUUCAGCGACAGCAGCAAAAGAGAUGUAGUGAAGACAAUACAAGAGGUGCAGCCCGAUGUGGUCGUGGUUGAGCUCUGCCAAUACAGAGUUUCUAUGUUAAAGAUGGAUGAAAAGACAUUAUUAAAAGAAGCCAAAGAAAUCAAUCUGGAGAAACUUCAGCAAGCUAUAAAGCAGAAUGGAUUUAUGUCUGGAUUGAUGCAAAUGCUUCUUCUGAAAGUCUCUGCUCACAUCACGGAACAGCUGGGAAUGGCCCCAGGAGGAGAAUUUCGGGAGGCUUUCAAAGAGGCUAGCAGAGUCCCCUUCUGCAAGUUCCAUCUGGGGGAUAGACCCAUCCCUGUUACAUUUAAGAGAGCCAUUGCUGCACUUUCUUUCUGGCAAAAAGUGAAGCUUGCUUGGGGCCUCUGCUUCUUAUCUGACCCUAUCAGUAAAGAUGAUGUGGAGAAAUGUAAACAGAAGGAUUUAUUGGAGCAGAUGAUGGCUGAAAUGAUUGGAGAAUUUCCUGAUCUUCAUCGAACAAUCGUGUCUGAACGAGAUAUUUAUUUGACCUACAUGUUGAAACAAGCAGCUAAGCAAAUAGAACUACCUCGUGCUUCAGAAGCCGAACCCAGAAAAUGUAUCCCAUCGGUUGUAGUUGGUGUGGUCGGGAUGGGUCACGUGCCUGGAAUUGAGAAGAACUGGAACAUUGACUUAAACAUCCAUGAAAUAAUGAGUGUGCCUCCUCCAUCAGCUUCGAGUAAAGUUCUCAGAUUUGUCAUAAAGGCAACAGUUUUCGGACUGAUGGGAUAUGGCUGCUACCGGAUAGGACAACAGACAGUGCAGUUUAUCCUUUCAAUGCCAACAGCACAGAACUGUCUUCAGAGGUUGACAGAAAUUAGACCUUGGCAUUGAACACCCAUGUGAAAUACUACUUGAAGAGUGGCAGAAAAGGAUGCUAAAGGCAACAUAUGAAACUGGACUGAAAAGGAGGGAAUUCUAAUCAAAGGCCAUUUGAUGCCGAAUUGCUCUGUAAUAAAUGGAUUGAUAUUAAAAGCUAUACCAGCUGUGACCU